AUGACUACUGAUACACUGGCUUCAGUGAAUAUUUGUUGUAUUCCGGAUAAUCGUUAUGCAAUCAUUGGUGUAGUGAAUCACAAGAGAGCUCGAUUCGAGAUUGAGACAAAGAAAAAUGAAGAAAAUGCUGAACCAACGAAACGAAAUCCAAUUAAUCUCGUAUUAGUACUUGAUCGCAGUGGUUCAAUGGCAAAUCACAAUAAAUUAGAAUUUGCAAAGAAAGCUGUUAUAUCCGUACUUAAUUUGCUUCAUGACGAUGAUAUUGUGCAUCUCGUGGCUUAUGAUAAUAACGUGUCGAUCGUUUUUGAAGAUGCUCCUGCAUCAGCUCGUCAAGCACUUUAUUCAACUGUCGAAGCAAUUAAAACUGGUGGUUCUACUAACUUGUCUGGCGGUAUUGAAACAGGUGCCAAUCUUCUUGCAAGAUAUGAACAUCCUGGAUAUUCUAAACGUAUGUUUGUCUUAUCAGAUGGAUUGGCUAAUGUUGGAGUAAAAACAAAGGAAGAAAUAAUGAAAGUAGUGACGAAAUAUAACGAAAAAGGCAUUAUAAUCGAUUCAUUUGGUGUUGGCGAAGAUUUUGAUGCAGGAAUUAUGAAAGGUAUAGCUGAAGCUGGACACGGUCAAUUCUUUUUCCUUGAAUCAGCCGAAGUUAUUGUUACAUUGAUUACCAAUGCACUUCAAAGUGUUUUUGAUGUUUGCGGAACACAAGCUCAGUUAAUUAUUCGUGGUCUCAACAAUGCAAUCGUUACGAAAAUAUGGGGUCAUGAAAACAUUGCUCUUGGUGCAAAUCUUGGCGAUCUUCAUGUGGAUAACGUUCGUGUUAUUCUUUGUGAUUUUACAGUUUCUGCAACAGUACCUGAUGGUACAGAACUAGAUGUUCUCGAUUAUCAAUUGAAGUACAAUCGUCCUGAUGAUGUUCAAGGAGAACCAUUAAUUGUUACUGGUAAACUGCCACUUACGUUUGUCGGUGAUGAAUCACUCGUCAAAGAAAUCGAUCCAAAAGUAAGAACUUUGCAUGCUGUUCAAGUUGCAGCAGAAAUGGAUGAUAGAAUAUUUGAAUUAAUAAACCAUCACAGGAGAGAUGAAGCUAUUGCACUAAUUGAUGAGCAAAUUAAUCUUCUUAGACAAGUGCAACAUUUAGACGAUGAGAGACGUAUGAUUGCAAUGUUACUUCGAAUGGCAGAAAACAUGCAAAGACGAUUGAAAGAGCAAGCAGUAAGCGAAAAAACUGCUGCUCAAUCUUAUCACCAUCAAGCUCAUAUGAAAAAAUGUCAUGAUUACAAAUACACUAGUUACUAUGCUGAUGAGGAUUAG